AUGAUCUCGGGUUCAAAAAUUAGUAAUAGUUCUGAUUUGGAAGGAACCAAUUCAGAUGGCUCUAAUUCAAAUAAAAGUUCUGAAUUUACUACAGAAAACAAUUCAAAAAUGAUAAUUGUGCCAGAUGAUUACAAUAAUUUUAAUGAAAAUGAAAAUUACGAUCACAAUAAUUACAAUCAAGAUAAUUAUGAUCAGGAUAAUUACGAUCAUAAUAAUUAUAAUCAUGAUAAUUAUAACCACAAUAAUUACGAUCAUGAUGAUAAUAACAAUUAUAAUAAUUAUGAUAAUAAUAAUUAUAGUCACAACAACUACGAUAAUUAUAAUAACAACAAUUAUGAUAAUUAUGAUAAUGAUAAUUAUG